AUGGCAGCAGGGCUGAGCUCGGAGGAAUUUGUCCGCCUACAGCAGGAGCUCUUGUUCCUGAAGAUUAAGACCGAGGAGCUUCGAGAGGAGAACGCAAGGGCGCUUCGACACUUUCAAGCACAAUCUGCACAGACUGGCGUAGAUGCUCUGCGAAAGGCCGGAGCAGGUGCCGUUUCUGCGAUUGGCCAGCGAGCGGCAUCCUUGAAGUCCAGCUUGUCAGAUGGAGCAUCUUUCCAGGCUUUCCAGGCAGCCAAAGACAGCAUUCUUCAUCCUGAGGCUGAUGCUGCAACUACGGAAGCCCGUGAGGAGGUUCAUUCAUUGCAGGAACGUUUGAAGGCUGCAAUGGAGGAGCUGGCCUCUGCAAGGAACGACGCCAUGACGGCACAAAGAGCCGCGACUGCAUGCGAGGAGGACCCUGAAGACAGCGGUUCCAAACCCCAACGCGGUGCAAGGCAAGCAGAGGAUGGCAUGACGGUGCUGUUGUUCAAAGUACAGCAGCAGCAAAAGGAGCUAGAGCGGGUUCGCGAAGCAGUGGACCAGCAACAGGCGCAGAUCGGCCGUCUGACAGAGAAGGCAGCCGCGGACAAGAGGCCAAAGGGUUCGCCAAGGUUGUCCGACUUGGAGGAGCAGCUCCGCGCCUCUGAGGGCAAGCUUGACGACUUGGGUCGCCGGCUGCAGUCCUCGCAAGGAAGCUCCCGUUUGACAUACGAGCUUCAAUGCCACUUGGAGUCUGUGCUCAGUCAAGUCAGGAAGCGUGACGCUGCCAUCGAGUCACUCCUCGUGAGGCAGGAGAGAAUGGAGAACAGGAGCGUGCUGCAACGUGAGCGAUUGGCGUUCGCCCAGGAGGACAUCAUGUCCAAGGUGAUGGAGUAUCACCUCGAAGAGCUUCCACAAGUGCUUGAUGCUACAAGCCCUAAAUUUUCCGAAAAUCUUCGACAAGUUGUCUCCGAAGAGCAGCUUGACGAAGAUGCCGGCAACUGUGCCAGCAAUCAAUCUCAGCAGGACGCAGGUGUGCAAGUGUCCAACGAAGACACGUCAGACCUGCAGUGGGAGGUCUCGGGGCUUGCUGCAAGCCCAAGUUGGUCCUCCCGAGCCCCUGAAGGCGAUGGGAGCUUAGUCGCUCUGCAAGAGGAGCUGCAGGGGCUGCGGACUGCAGCGGAGGACGCGCAGCGCCGUAAGGCCGAACAGGCAGAAUCACUGCGUGCUCAAAUACGGCAGCGGCAGCAACAAAUGGCACUGAAAGAAACUGCACACACUGAGGCCGCGGCCACGGAAGCGACCCAAGCAGCGGCAAUCCAGGCCGUUGGAUCCUCUGGGUGGCUGUACGUGCAAAAGAUUGAGGAGCUAGAGCAGCAGAAUGAUGGCCUGGAGCAAGACCUCGACCUGCUUGCAUCCAGCAAGCAGUGCCUUCUCGACGACAGCAAAGAGAAAGAGGAGCUCAUCUCUUUCCUGAUGCGCACCGUGCGCUCUGAUGGGAGCGAGUUGGAGAACCCUGCAAGCAUGAAGAAGCCAGGAGCUGGUGCCAAGAUCUUUGGACUUCUGCGGGGCCCGGGAAGGAGCCAGCGAACACAGCUUGAGGAGCUCCAAAAGGUGGCUGAAGAAGCGAUGAUGGACAACCUCCGGCUGCGAAAGGAUCUGCGGAUAUUGGCGGAAGAGUUCCGGAAAUACAUGCAAGCAGAUCCCUGUCCAACGAACGUUUCGGCCUCCUCCUCUGAGAGCUUGGGGAGAGAGCUGGAGCGUCAAAAGACAGACAAUCUGCACACACGGCAGCAUCAGAGCAUUGAACGUUGUCCCUGCCUAUGCUGCGGCCCAUCAGCUGAACCCCCAUGA